AUGGCAGAGAAGCUAGGCAUUGCUGGAGCCUUGCAGCGCCCUACUACUUCAAUCAUGUUUGGAGAUGCAACUUCUAAGUCUCCUCUUGGAGUGUUCAAGAACUAUCACUUGAAAAUUGGAGAAUGCAUCAUCCAAACUGAUCUCACUGUGAUGGAAAUGGAAGAAGAGAAGGAUCUACCUCUGUUAUUGGGAACCCCUUCCUUAGUUGUGAAGGAAAGGGUUGACAAAGAACCAAGAGUUGGGAAGGAUAAGGUUGAGAGAGGACCAAGGAUUGAGAAGCCACGUCUUGAGAGGGCUAGAGUUGAGAAACCACGUUCUGAUAGGCCACGAGCUGAUAGACUUGUUCAAGCCCCUUGUGUGCUUGAUGAAGAGAGCCUUCAAGCUUUGUUUGAUGAGCCACUAGGAAGGGCUCUAAAAGAAGGGGAGGAUGUAGCCUCUAAGGCAAGACCAGGUGAUAAAAGAAAGGAUCCACCAGCUCAGGCCCCUUCAUCAAGCCAUCUCAGCUCACAAUGA